AUGACAGAAUGGAAGCAUUUGAUAACAGAAUGGUUGAAUGAAUAUGCUUCACUACAAGAGAAUGAAAUAAAAAGUUUUGCAGCUGAACAUGAGCACAACCAUGAAAUAGCCACAGCUAUAUUCAAUUUAUUAUACACUGAAGAUGAUACUGAAGCUCGCAUUCGGGACACCAAGUCUGAUAGUGACUCCCAAUAUGAACAGAUGUUAGAAAAUGUUUGUACACAACUGUUCAGCUUCUACAGAUCAAAAGAGGUGGAACUUCAAAGAUUUACACUACAGUUUGUACCUACUCUUAUUUACAGUUAUUUAAGUUCUGUUGCUCAAGGUAACAAGAACACAUACCGCUGUAUUGAAACAUUACUUAUAGGACUGUACAACUUUGAGGUGGUUGAUGAAAAUGGUAAACCCAAAGUGGUUUCCUUCAGAUUACCAUCACUGGCCCAAUCAUCUAUUUAUCAUGAGCCAUUGUCAUUGGGACCACAAUUUUUAACAGAAAGUGCUCUGCGCCGAUGGGAGGAGUGCAAUACGAAGCUCGUGAGUUGGGGACCGAUGGCACAAGUAGAAGCUAUAAAUGCACAGAACCGAUUGAAAGUGAUGGCACUAUUCUUUAUCUAUAACCGGCAGUUGAGCUUAUUGCCGAAGUUGGCUUUGAGACAUUUUUGCAUUGCAGCAUCACGAAUCGUAACUCAAGGAUUUGAAAAAAAAAUUGGUCCUGCAUCGAGUCACAGGCCUGUGCCAAGGAUACCUAUGUCACCUAACUUUCUAAUAGAAAUGGUGGAGAGCGCUUACUUUGCGAUGUUUAAUGAAUUCUACACACUGGCGCUGCAGGCUGUUAAAGACAUCGACAAAAGAGCGCAGUACGAACUGUUCCCCGACGUGAUGCUUGUCACGAGCGCUGUCAUCAACUCAUUGAAAAAUAAUGCCUCAGGGCAACCGUGUGACGGCCCUAUGGGUAUCAGCGUGGCAUUGUCUCCGGCCACUACUACGGUCACCAUGUCUAAAUCUAUGAUAACUAAUGCAUCAUUCCGUACCAAGAAACUACCCGAUGACAUUCCUAUACAAGCUGGCCAGGUGAUACCCACCGAGUCCACCGAUAUGCUUUCUUCAAUCACAGAGGAAGGCGAAGCAGAAAUCGUUCCCAUACAACGUGGUGGUGUGGCUCGUAACUCUAAACCUAAACUCAGUUCAUUCCCAGUGCUAGGAAAAAAAACCAAAGAGGCUAAAGAUAAAAACGCAACGAGCGAUAAGAAAGUUACUUUGAAAGAAUCUUCUAAAGGUAUUUGGAAUACGCUUAGUGGCGGAGGUGGCGACAAUGUCGACGGACAGCAGAAGGUAGCGGACAACUCUGGAGAUGCUAAUGGUAGCAUGAAAGAUGACAAAAUCUCUAUGUCUUCUAUGCACAAUAGCACUGACACCUCUGAGACUCGGUCGCAAAUUACGACCGAUUCUUUAGACACCGAGAUUGCGCCCCGAUUCACGGGAAUGCAAGUCAGUUCUGUUUAGGUGUCAAUAUGCGGCCAUAUGCUGCGAAUGAAACUACUUCAUAACAUAAUGUUAAAGUGAGGGUGAAAGGUUGAUAAUACUCUAUUAAAUUGGUAUAGGUUUAAUACUUUAGCAAUGUCAUUGAUUGUUUAUAUGGGCAAAAGUUUAUCAAUUAUCUACUCAUUAAACUUGUUAUAAAGUCACA